AGCAGGCGCACCCAGCCCUCGCCGUGGAGGCCGCCAGGGCGCGGGUCAACCUGGGGGCCAUGCUCUCCCGUGCUGGCCGCCACCUCGAGGCGCAGAUGGCGGUGAAGGACGCGCAGCGCUGCCUGAGCGGCGUGCUUGCCUGGGCCGAGGACUGUGGCCCGGGAGACCCGGGCGUGGAUCCGAUCGCCGAGGAGGCGCGGGCGCUGCGGUGCGCGGCGGUGCUGGCCGAGGCCAUCGAAAUGGAGCAGCUGCUGGCGCAGGCGCCUAAUCCCGCGCAGCAGGGCGCCUAUGACCAGCCGCCGCGGCAGGAGGACGCGGCCAGCGCCUGCCUGCAGGCCUACGCGUGGGCCAGCGAGCUGGCGGCGGAGCAGCUGCCCAAGACGCACCCCGUGGCCGCCGUGGCGCAGCGCCUCCACAGGCUCAGCGCGAAAGUGAACCAGCAGACGGUGCUCCCCCCGCUGGACAAGUCGGGCGCGCGCGGGCGCGAGGCCGGGAUGGCGGGCUCCCAGACGGGCGUCUACCCGCGGGUCGCCGUGGCGCAGCAGGACCAGCAGGGGAGCAGCGCGCCGCCGGCGGAGCCCGCGCCCACGUUUGCGAGGUCCCACGGCCGCGAAUCCCCUGGGGGCGGCCAGGACGGGCCUGCGCCCGCAGACGCCGCAAAGGAGCCGC